AUGAAGACUCCCCCGGACAGGUCAGGAAUCACCUUUGAGGUUGGAGCUCAGCUAGAAGCCCGAGACCGCCACAAGAACUGGUACUCCUACAAAGUGUGCUUCUACGACGGCGUGGUUCUGACUGUGAAGCCCACUAAGGUCAAACCCUUCCAGGAAAAGUCCAGAUCUGAGAAGAGUGCGGUGGGAAGCGAGGGAUGGGAGGAAGGUGAGAGUGAGGAGGAGGAGGAGGAGGAGGAUGGUGGAGAGAGAGAGGAGGAGAGGAAGGAGGAAGAAAUGGAGAACGUGACAUCAGAGGAGAAGGAAGGAGCUGAGGAGGAGGAGAGGAAGAGGAAAGCAGAACCUUCAUCCUCCCAUCCACCAGCAAAGAAGAAAGCAGAUGACGGUAGAAGCGGUGGAGCUCAGAAUCAGCCAAUCACAGCCGACUCCACCCAGCCCGCUCCUCCUGACCCCGCCUCCAUCGACAAAGGUAAACAUCAGAGACUUUCAGACACGAAUAAUUACAGGAGGCCUCUGUGGAUAAAAACCUCCUGAACGAUGAACACUGAAGGAAUCCUAACAAGGACAACCUGACUGACCUGAUGAACUCCCAUGAUGCACCGCUGCUACACGACGCCACCAAACUCCAUCUUUUGUUAUUUCUUUGAUUGAGAGACCCCUAGUGGCAGA